GAAACCGAGCAGAAGACCUCGUGAAAACACAAACGGGUCAAAAAGGAAAAUGUCCACAAAAAGCGUAGAAAAUGUUGAAAGAAGCACUUGGUUCCUUAUUAAGGCGAAGAUACAAUAUUUAUUCCGUGUCUCCUGGGAUGCUCCGCUCCGUCUAUUGUCCUCCCAUUCCUCAGUGCUGAUGCUUAAUUUUCAAAACUUCUAUAUUACCAAGGGACCUACGACAUCAGCCGAGAAAUACCCUGCAAGUACAAAAUCCGUGAGCCAGCCCCGUCCGUGCAGAGGGGAGACGCUCGCGUUCCGCCAGCUUUCUACCGUUACCGAGAGCACGCGAGGGGGGACUUUUCCAUUUCUCUCGCUUUUUGGGGAUUUUAAGGCAUUUUUAUUAUUAUUCGAUCCGGCCAGAAAGGAGAGGAAAAAAAUACGGGUUACUUUGGAGAAAGCACAAUGUCAGCGACCUUCCCCGGACUUGUCCACGACGCAGAGAUACGUCACGACGGAUCAAACAGCUACCGGCUCAUGCAGCUCGGCUGCCUGGAGUCCGUGGCCAACUCCUCGGUCGCCUACUCCUCCUCCUCCCCGCUCACCUACCCGGCACCGGCGGGGACGGAGUUUGCCUCACCCUAUUUCUCGGCCAACCACCAGUACACGCCCCUCCACCACCAGUCCUUCCACUACGAGUUCCAGCAUUCCCACCCGGCCGUGGCCCCGGAGGCCUACGGCCUGAACUCGCUGCACUCGGGCCAGUACUACCAGCAGAUCCACCACGGAGAGCCCGCCGACUUCAUCAAUCUGCACAACGCGCGCUCGGCCCUCAAGUCCUCGUGCCUGGACGAGCAGCAGCGGCGCGAGCUGGGCUGCCUCGACGCUUACCGGCGCCAUGACCUGUCGCUGAUGACGUCACACGGCUCACAGGCCUACGGAGUCGGUAUGCACCACCCGGACCAGAGGCUGCUGCCCGCCGCCGGCCUGGGCCUCCCUCCGCCUGCGGCGGACGACCUGCAGGGCUCCGUGGAAGCGCAGUGUGGGCUCGUGCUGAACGGCCAAGGGGGCGUCAUCCGGAGAGGGGGAACAUGUGUGGUGAAUCCUACAGAUUUGUUCUGCUCAGUACCGGGUCGGCUUUCGCUGCUCAGUUCCACCUCAAAGUACAAAGUCACCAUCGCUGAGGUGAAAAGAAGACUGUCCCCGCCAGAGUGCCUCAAUGCUUCCUUACUGGGCGGCAUACUGCGUAGAGCAAAGUCUAAGAAUGGAGGCCGGUGUCUUCGUGAGAAAUUAGACCGUUUAGGGCUCAACCUACCAGCAGGACGGAGGAAAGCCGCCAACGUAACGCUGCUCACCUCCCUGGUGGAAGGUGAGGCGCUCCACCUGGCGAGGGACUUUGGCUACACCUGUGAGACAGAGUUUCCCAGUAAGGCAGUGGGUGAACAUUUGGCGAGGCAGCACAGUGAGCCGAAAGAAACCAGCGCACGCAAGAAGAUGGUCCUGGCUACAAAGCAAAUCUGUAAGGAGUUCCAGGACUUAUUGAGCCAAGAUCGCUCUCCUCUGGGCUCAUCCAGACCAACACCAAUCUUGGACCUGGACAUCCAGAGACACCUCACACACUUCAGUCUGAUCACUCAUGGGUUUGGCACGCCGGCGGUCUGUGCAGCUCUCAGCACCUUCCAGACAGUGCUGAGCGAGAUGCUCAACUACCUGGACAAAACCUCGAGUGGGAAAACGAGCGGAGCCGGCGACCAACAGAUCAACAACAGCUCGGAAAAGACGCAGCUCCGGAAAACAGCCGAGCCCCAGAGCAAAGACGGGAAAACAGAAAAGACUGAGUAGCCCCCACCCACCCGGUCCCCGUGCCUUGGAGCGCUGCAUUUAGAAGUGUGCGUGCGUGAGUGUGUGUGAACGCGUGCACUCUGAAAGGGGAUCUGUUAUUUCCCAUGCAUUGCUGUAUCUUCUUUGGGACACUUCCUAUUUAUUGUUAUUUAUUUAUCUUAUGUUGACAUGUAACACUAACUGAACUGUCCCAAGCAAGACAUCCUGAUGUGUGAGCGAAAGCAACGCAUCCAGUGUAAAUGUGCGUGCGUGCGUGUGUGCGUGUCGUGACAAAGAGGAGCCUUGCCAUGGAGAUGGCUGUGACUCAUCUAGUACUUUAUUUCUUUAUUUAUUAAUUCUCAAAACAGGAGGUAAACAACACAGUUUCCCAGGACAGGUUGGGGGGGAUACAUAUUUAACACACACACACACACACACACACACACUCAGGGUUUGUGGGGAUGUAAUCUAAAUCCAGUUAAUUCAGGUGUGGAUACUCUGCAAAAGUACAAAACCUGGAGCUGUUUUUUUUCCCUCUGAAGAAUCAUUUAAUGUGUUUUUAUUUAAACAAUAAGAGAUAUCAAACACACGAGUUACAGUUUUGCUUUUUGUGCAAUUUCCAUCUGACUGAAAUAAAAUAAUUGAAUCUCCCAGACAUCCUCAACAACAGAAAACUGAAUGCAGCUUUGACCCAAACCCUGAUGCACACAUACAGACAGACUUUAACACCACACACACACUCACACAGCCACACCCCCUUCACCUGUAUGAGCACUUGAACAAUGCCAAGCAGACAUGUUUUUUUUUUUCAUUUUUACACCGUACAAUCAGUGCCAUAACAGCCUGUAUGUUUACCAUGCGGAUGAAAGACGAAGAGAGUGUUUCUGGACGUGACACUGAUGGAAGCCACUGCCCGGGGUGGGCUUCACUGCGCUGUGUGUGAGUGUGAAUGUGAUAAAGAGAGUGAAAGCGAGAGAGAAGGAUCCAACUCAGCCAUUUUGUAAAAGGUGACUUUGCAGUUGCCAGCAUUACUCUUCCCUGUGCAUGUCUAUCUUUGUACACUCCCCAGAUCGCAAGUUUAGCCGACACGAGCUCUCUGACUCGCUCAUGAACAUUUGUAAAGAUAUAUAUAAAUAUUUAAAUUACUUUUCUUGUAGGCUUUCAACAAUAUAUAUGUUAAAUCCCUACCUUCUAAAAUGCUGGUGUUCAAUAAAGACAGUUGCUACGU